AGAGGGAGCAGCGUGACGCAGUAGGCCACGCCUCACAGCGCCUAGGUUCCAACUUCCCGUUCUCCCGAACCUAACUCAGCUAUCCUCUCUCUGUGCAUACCCAACAGAAAAAUGUGGGCCCAAGCCUGGCCUCGGCCUAUGCUUGCAACUAUUCCCGCCCUCUGCUUGCCUGGGUCGAAGGCGUUCUUAUUGUUAAUUGGUCACUGGAACGUCUUGAAGCGUAUUGAUUGGCUGGUUACACCGCCUGUUUGGGCCCAACGGUCACCUCCCCGCAUGCGGGGGUGGUGUCUGGACCCGGCCUUAGCAAUCUCCAAUUGGCUGUAGCGACCGAUCCCUCUUCUCCUAAUUGGUUGGGCUUGGCAGUCUGUCCCGCGGGGGCGCGGCUUAGCAGGGCGUCGAUUGGGCGGCGUGAAUCCCCGCCCUUCCGGUUGAGGAUGUUGAUAGGUGUGGAGGCGGGGUUUUGGAGAUCUCUUUCCUUUCCAGAUCUUGAGCACACAGAUAGUUCAGAGAGUGAUGGCACAUCCCGACGAUCUGCACGCGUCACCCGCUCCUCAGCCAGGCUGAGCCAGAGUUCUCAAGAUUCCAGCCCUGUUCGAAAUUUGCAGUCUUUUGGCACGGAGGAGCCCGCUUACUCCACCCGAAGAGUGACGCGAAGUCAGCAGCAGCCCACCCCUGUGACUCCAAAAAAGUACCCCCUGCGCCAGACGCGCUCCUCCGGCUCAGAAACCGAACAAGCGGUUGAUUUUUCAGAUAGAGAAACCAAAAAUGCAGCUGAUCAUGAUGAGUCACCACCUCGAACCCCGACUGGAAAUGCACCUUCCUCGGAGUCUGACAUAGACAUCUCCAGCCCCAACGUGUCCCACGAUGAGAGCAUUGCCAAGGACAUGUCCCUGAAGGACUCCGGCAGCGACCUCUCUCACCGCCCCAAGCGCCGUCGCUUCCACGAAAGCUACAACUUCAAUAUGAAGUGUCCUACACCAGGCUGCAACUCACUAGGACACCUUACAGGAAAACAUGAGAGACAUUUCUCCAUCUCAGGGUGCCCACUCUAUCACAACCUCUCAGCUGACGAAUGCAAGGUGAGAGCACAGAGCCGGGAUAAGCAGAUAGAAGAAAGGAUGCUGUCCCACAGGCAAGAUGACAACAACAGGCAUGCAACCAGGCACCAGGCCCCCACCGAGAGGCAGCUGCGAUAUAAGGAAAAGGUGGCUGAACUCAGGAAGAAAAGAAACUCUGGCCUGAGCAAAGAACAGAAAGAGAAGUAUAUGGAACACAGGCAGACCUAUGGGAACACUCGGGAACCUCUCUUAGAAAACCUGACAAGCGAGUAUGACUUGGAUCUCUUCCGAAGAGCACAAGCCCGAGCUUCAGAGGAUUUGGAGAAGCUAAGGCUUCAAGGCCAAAUCACAGAGGGUAGCAACAUGAUUAAAACAAUUGCUUUUGGCCGCUAUGAACUUGAUACUUGGUAUCAUUCUCCCUAUCCUGAGGAAUAUGCACGGCUGGGACGUCUCUACAUGUGUGAAUUCUGUUUAAAAUAUAUGAAGAGCCAAACAAUACUCCGCCGACACAUGGCCAAGUGUGUGUGGAAACACCCACCGGGUGAUGAGAUAUAUCGCAAAGGCUCAAUCUCUGUGUUUGAAGUGGAUGGCAAGAAAAACAAGAUCUACUGCCAAAACCUGUGCCUGUUGGCCAAGCUUUUUCUGGACCACAAGACAUUGUAUUAUGAUGUGGAACCGUUCCUGUUCUAUGUGAUGACAGAAGCAGAUAACACUGGCUGUCACCUGAUUGGCUAUUUUUCUAAGGAAAAGAAUUCAUUCCUCAACUACAAUGUAUCCUGUAUCCUUACCAUGCCUCAGUACAUGAGACAGGGAUAUGGCAAGAUGCUCAUUGAUUUCAGUUAUUUGCUUUCCAAAGUGGAAGAAAAGGUUGGCUCCCCAGAACGCCCACUCUCAGAUCUGGGGCUCAUAAGCUAUCGCAGCUACUGGAAAGAAGUGCUUCUCCGUUACCUGCAUAAUUUCCAAGGCAAAGAGAUUUCUAUCAAAGAAAUCAGUCAGGAGACGGCUGUGAAUCCCGUGGACAUUGUCAGCACUCUGCAAGCCCUUCAGAUGCUCAAGUAUUGGAAAGGAAAGCACCUCGUUUUAAAGAGACAGGACCUGAUUGAUGAGUGGAUAGCCAAAGAGGCCAAACGGUCCAACUCCAACAAAACCAUGGAUCCAAGCUGCUUAAAAUGGACCCCACCCAAGGGCACUUAAAGUGACCUGUCAUUCUGAGCCAGCGAACCCCAGCAGUAGGAAUCCGUACCCUAGGGAUCUGUCUGUCAUUUCUGUUGCUCUUGUGAUUGGCAAGUACAGUAUCCUUUGGGAAGGCCAUCCCCCUCAGGACUGUCCUGGCUCCGACCUUUGUGUACACUGCAGACACUGGUUCUGAGGAACUGUUGUUUCGGCCUCAGUGAGGUUGCCUGGCUGGGAUCUGUGUUCGACUCGACGCAGAGCCCUCAUAGCACUGACCCAAGGAGUUCUGUUAUGGUACUGUACCUGUCCAGUCACUGGUUCUCUCCUCACGUCCUCUAGCCCCAUGAGGUUGUGUUGUGUCUCCUGAACUUUGUACUAGUGCUUCUCGCCACCCGGUCACCAGACCUCCAAAUACGGUUGUUGCCAGCACCAGGGCCCUUCCGGUUCCUCCUGACGCACGUGUUCUGUGGAGGGGCAGGGCAGAGGUAGCACUUGGGAGUGAGUGUGUGUGAGUACUGGGGGGGUUCAUUCACUUUGGAUUUCAUCUUGCUUUACAUUUUUUUUCCUCCAUUUUUAUUGAAAGACAUGUUUUUGAUCAGUACGGGGCUGACCAGAGCCACAUAGUUCCGAAGAGUUUCCCAGGGAUUAGUUUUGGUAACAUCACAGACUCCAUCUUGAGGAGAUGGAGAGAAGAAUUAAGAUUGUGUGUUUUGAUUUUACCUGUGGGCAGGAUUUUGGUGGAAAGGAAUGGAAACUUCUUUUUGCCUCACCAAAAGUGCCCAGUCUUAAAUGUUUUCUUCCCUGUUUACUUCCUGCCCUCUUUUAUGUUUGCAGGUGCCAAAAUAAUUGACAGUUCUCCCUUCAUGCAACAUGUUAGCUCGUUAAUCAUACUGUAAAAGUCCUGCUCACUUGUUCAGCAGUACAUAGUACUGUAUGCCUGUACCAGGCAGAGUGCACCUGUGCUUGCACAUGAGUUGCCCUGAUUUUGUCCCAACAUCCUGGGAGAAUUUGGAAGUGACUGAAAAUGACUCCUGUGUCGCAGCCUGUGACUCAGCAAGGCAGGAUGGCCGCCCUUGCCAAGGUUUGCCUCUCUUUUCAGCAGUGCCUCACCCUCCCUCUAGAACGACAGUGUUUCUGCCCCUCCGAGAGCUCCCCCUCCACUUCCUUUUUGGGAUUUGCCAUCGUCUUCUGUUCUCUGGUCUCCUAUUUCUGGUGUUGUUCAAGUGAAGGAGGAGAUGUUCCCUCUAAUUUCUCUCUAGCCCAUUAUAACCUGCUAUCUUGGGGCAGCUUUUGAUGUCUGACUUGUCACCCUUCCCAGCUUGGUCUCCUACAACACUGCUGUCUUCAUGUGGCGCCCUCACCACAAUCCCGACUCUGGUCAUUUGUGCCUUUCUCUUGUCAUCUCUGUACACUACUUAUAUUCACUGUGGGUCAGGGGAGCUAAUUUUAAGCAUGUUCAGUGGCAGCUCCCCUCCAGUUUCAGUGUCACUGUUAAAAUUUAUCCAAAAGCAACUUCACUGGGGGUUUUCUUAAGGGGUGAAGGCCUUUUACAGACGCUAAACCCUUCCCCACAUGUGGUAGAAUGUGCUCUUCUGUAUUACUCCUCAAUAAAGCAUGUUCUCUGCUCAAGUCUGGUUUCAUCCAGGGUUCUCAUUUGUGUAUGAAAAUGAUGUCGUUGACCUGCUGCUGAUAGUAAAUGCACUUGGGAUUUGUUUUCUCUAGCCGCAAACUGUUGAGGGAUGUGGUUUGUGGCUGUGGAAUUUUUUCGACUCAUGCAGACUAUCUAUAGAGGGAGUGCUAACUUUGAACUUGUCAUUGCUGAAACACAUUCAGUCUGCCUACCUGCAGUUCAGGCUCUUGUGUGUGUAUGGCAAUGACCAGUCAGUAGCUCAUUCCUGUAUUCAUUGCCCUUUGGUUUGGGGGGCAUUGGAACCAAGAAGAAGUUAGAAUUAGGUGUGGGUACAGUCACUAACUUGUGGGACCUGGGCACGGGUGUAUCCCUUCUCCAAGCACCAGUUGUGAGCCGUGUCUCCUCUAAUCAUUGGCACUCUGCCAAGAUGAGAUGACAGUGUUUCUGAAGGCCACUGUUUACCCAGUGCAGAAAGUGGGUGGCUAGAGGAGAGUGCAUGGAAAUUGUCUUUGCCAAACUGGUUUGCUCACAGUCUGCCCUAGUAGACAGGGUCUUCCUUUAUAAGGUUAGGGUCCUUUUGGGGGUCAAGAUGGCAAAAAGAAACUUGAGCUUAUAAAAAGGCCUUUCUCGAAUUAUUUAUUUGAAAGAGUUACAUCUUCUGUCUGCUGGUUCACUCCCCAAAUGGCCGCAAUGGCCAGAGAUGGGCCUGUAAUGGUCCAUGAGCUUCCUCUGGGUCUCUUUCAUGGAUACAGGGCCCCAUUACUUGGGCCAUUCUCCCUGACUUCCCGGGUGCAUUAGCAGGAAGCUGGGUUGAAGUGGAGCAGCCAGGACUUGAACUGGUGCCCAUAUAGGAUGCCGGCACUGCAGGCUAGGGCUUUAGCCCGCUGCACCACAGUGCCAGCCCCCAUGUUCAUCUUUUCAUAGGGUGAAGUGUGCUCAAAUCUUGUUUUAAAUCAGAAAUUGUUCUCAGAUUCUGAAGGAAUUUGAAGUAGAUGAAAUGUACAAGAGGCUGGAAUGCUGAGUGGUAAAGGCACUUGAGGGCGGGGCACAGUACUGAUCUCCAGCUCCAAUGAUUGCCACCUCUAAAAAUUGAAGGAAGUGGGCGGGUAUUUGGGUGUUUGCAUCCCGUGCCGGGGUGCCUGCCUUGCUGCAGAUGCACAUCCUGGGAGGCAGCAGGUGACGGCUCCAGGGGCUGGGUCCUUCCCACCUAUGUGGGAGACUUCGAUUGUGUUCCUUGUUCCCCGGGGACCUGGGGAGUAAACCAGCGGGUGAGAGCUCUGUCUCUCUGCCUGUCAGAUGACAUACAAAUAUGUUUAAAGUAAAAGGGAGAUUUCUCUGGUGUACAGUCCUUACAGAUGUGGGGACAAUGUUCACUUCCCUUGGCAACCUCGAGGGAGACUCAAAGUCCUCUUUAACUCCUUUUUUAUUUGCACAAAAGGAGCUCGGCUGCUUGGGCUCCUGCCUUAGCAGAGCGCAAGUCUGCAGUACUCCUGAUCUAAGCUGGCACUCGCACAGCGGAAGCACCUCUCCUGGAGCCGGGGGUGGGAGUGAGCAAUGGCGCCAGGAAUCCGCAUUCUGCUCUGUCCAGAUGGAAAGCUCACAGCCUCUUCUCUACCGUGUGCUUUACCUUUCUUGUUUCUUUAAUGGUUUGUCAUCCUCCCUUCUAAUUAGAUUUGCUUAACAGACACCCAUGUUUCUUUCUUUCUAAAGAUUCAUUUAUAGAGAGGAGAGACAGGUCUCCCAUCUGCUGGUUCACUCCCCAAAUGGCCACAAUGGCUGGGGCUGGGCCAACUUGGAACCAGGAGCUUCUUCCGGGUCUCCAGCAUCAGUGCAGGGCCCAAACACUUGGGCCAUCUUCUGCUUGUCCAGGUGCAUUAGCAGGGAGCUGGAUUGGAAAUGGAGCAACUUAACCCCCUAAACCACAGCGCUGGCCCCAGUAAUUUUUUAAGAGACGAGAGUCCUAGCUGCUGGUUCACUUGCCUGAUGGCUGGGGCUGGCUAGAACCAGAGCUCGAACAUAAUCCGGGUCUCCCAUGUGUGUAGUAGGAACCCAGUUACUUGCAUUGCUGCUACCACCCAGGGUCUGCAUUGGCAAGAAACUUGAGUCUGAAACUGGGAACUGUGCCCAGGUACUGCAGUGUGGCAUGUGGGUUUCUUAACUGCUAGGCUAGAUGCCUGCUCCUAGUGAUUUUUAAAACUACAGUACUCCCUUUAUAUGGCAAGAUGAUGCUUAUGACUUGUCCUCGACUUUGAUUUGUCCCUAUAGUUCUGGGCAAGUUGCAUGCCCAGGGUUAGGAAUGGCCUCAAAUGAAGCUGCCCACGUCAAGCCAGCUGGUUCAGAUCGAGGUCAUGGUUGCAUAGCAUCUAAAACCAGUAUACAAAAAUAAACCACAGCUUGCCCACUGUACAUACUCUUUCUGGAACAUGAAACGGGAAAGUCAGCUUUUUUGGGUACACAUUAAUAACUUUUCAAGUCUCCCUGCCUUUUCUCUUUGAAGAGCCACUAGUUAAAUGGCACUGAAGUGGUGUAUUCAGGAGUAUGAAAAUGUGGCAGCGUUACUCUCAACUGUGAUCUUUUUUUCUUCUGAUCUUUUAGAAUCUCAUCAAAACAUUGAAUUUUUUAAUGCUCCUGUGCCAAUAUGUACUCACAUUGAGAAACCUGUGCCUCUGAACCCAUUGCUGGACACUGAGUUAAGAGACCCUGGCUUUAAGAAGGCAGGAACCUUCUGUCUGCCUCACUCCUACCCCAGAACCCCAAGCUAGUGGUUUAGUGUGGCUCAGGCUCAGCCAGUCCUUUGGAGUAAGGUGAGCUGGCAGCAGGGAGAAGGCCUGGCUCCCUGUGGCCCUGAGCAUUAGUGUCCUAGCAGACGGUUGUAUGGACAGAGCUUUGCAUGACUUACUACACAUAGGAAUACAGUUCCUGUGCCUGUAAGGGGUUUGAACCAGAGGAAUUUAUUUUUAGGGUUGGCAGUCGGUGGAGAAUGAACUAUUAAAAAAUCCUUUUGCUAAGUGAUAGUGUGUGAUAUGCUAGGAAUUCUAGGAACAACCCUUUGCUGUUGGGAUCAUGGAAUUGUAGCAUUGGACCUCCACCGGUUCUGUUCCCAGCUUUUUCUGCCACACAUUUCCAUGUGAGUGGCUCUUACAGACCAUUUCCUGCCGACGGGUACAGUAUAAUUGCCUACUUCCUUUGUGGUAUCUUUGAUAAAAAUGCCAAUAAAUGCCACUAAGACAGAAACAAGGGCUUGCCUGGUGGUGUAAAAUGUCCCAGUGCUGAAAGUGCAGUUUGGCUUUCUCUUCCUUCUUGUGCAACACCUUUAGAUGCAGGCCACACUGCCACGUCGGGGGCUCGGGAGACUGUUUACUUCUACCCAAGAGUGGAGAAAAUAACCUGCAUUAUUGCCCAACUUUGGCUCCAUGGCUCCUCCCAGAUGGUCUCUGUGAGAUGUAAACACCUUCAGCCUUGACAAGUCAUGUUCAUUCCAAGAAGCCAAUCUUUGUUCUUAAUUAGGGAUUUUUUUUUCCUGGAAACUACUUACUAUCACUCUAUCCACAGUGAUCAGAAGCCUACACUCUACCUCACAGGCACAGAGUAGAUCAUGUCCACAGAUGGCCCCCCACCCCGGGAACACACGCUGGCUCUUCCAAGAAGAGCUGUUUUUCCUCCUCUUGGCUGUGGGCUGGAUUUGGGACUUGUUUGGACUAAUAGAAUGUUACUGAAGUGACAUUCUGGCAGUUUCCACUUUUAUUCUUGGAAACAAAUUUUCCAAACCAGAAGCCGGAGUGAAACUACUGAAUGCUGGCCGACCAUAUGUAGGCAAACCAAGGUGCCCCAGCCAGACUCCCAGCUGAUGCAGCCUUAGGAGUGAUCCCUGCAGACACCAUGGGAAGCUGAAGAAAGAGAAUCAUGAGAAGUAUUUUUAAAAGAUUUAUUUUAUUUUAUUUAUAUAUUUUUUUUGGCAGGCAGAUUUAGAGAGAAAGGUCUUCCGAUGGUUCACCCCCAAAAUGGCCGCUAUGGCCGAUCCAAAGCCAGGAGCCCGGUGCUUCCUCCUGGUCUCCCAUGCGGGUGCAGGGCCCAAGCACUUGGGCCAUCCUCCACUGCACUCCCUGGCCACAGCAGAGCUGGACUAGAAGAGGAGCAACCGGGACUAGAACCCCGGGGUGCUGGCGCCACAGGCAGAGGAUUAGCCUAGUGAGCCACGGCGCCGGCCUGUUAUUAUUAUUUUUUUUUAUUUGAAACAUAAUAUUAAGGAUAGGUAGAUCUUCCAUCUGCUGGUUCACUUCCCACAUGGGUGCAGAGGCCCAAGCACUUGGAACACCUGCUUUCCUAGGUGCAUGAGCAGGGAGCUGGGAUUGAAAGUGGAGCAGCUGAGAUUCAAGCCAGCGCCCUUAUGGGAUGCUGGUGUCGCCAGCAGUGGCUUUACCAGCUACGCCACAGUGCCAGCCCUAGAAGCACUGUUUUAAGCCAUGACUGGGGUUGUCGGUCACAUUUCUUGUGAGGUCCCUGCCUGAUCUUAGAAGUCUUAGGCACCUCUUCUAAGUGGAUCAGGAAGAGAGGCUGUUCUGCUCUGAAGACAUGGCUUAGCAUGUUCCUGCUCCAGGACUCUGGUGGAUCCAGUCACGUUGAUCCUGACUCUCAGGUCUGUCCGUGCUGACUCAGCCUCCGUAGCUGUCAUCGUUCCCUCACUCACGGCCUCAACAUACAGUUGGAUGAGUCUGUUACCCCUUUCCUGUAUUUGCUGCAAAAGCCUCUGCACCCACAUUCCUCAAAGUGUGUUCUCUUAAAGGGCGCAGGGUCAGAUUAAAGUGGAAUACACUGAGUUAAAUACGAUAGCACCUUCAGUGAAUGAAUGUCCAUUGGGGGGCCGGCGCUGUGGUGCAGCAGUUAACGCCCUGGCCUGGAGCACUGGCAUCCCAUGUGGGUGCCGGUUCGAGUCCGGCUGCUCCACUUCCGAUCCAGCUCUGCUAUGGCCUGGAAAAGCAGUAGAAGAUGGCCUGAGUCCUUGGGACCCUGCACCCGCGUGGGAGACCCAGAAGAGGCUCCUGGCUCCUGGCUUUGGAUCGACACAGCUCCAGCCGUUGUGGCCAUCUGGGGAGUGAACCAUCGGAUGGAAGACCUCUCUCUCUCUCUCUCCCUCUCUGCCUGUCCUCUCUCUAUGUAACUCUGACUUCCAAAUAAAUAAAUAAUAAAUCUUAAAAAAAAAAAAAAAGAAUGUCCAUUGGAAUUUUCUAUGACCUCUAAACUUAUUUGUUCUGGGAGAAUGCUCUUAAGUAACUGGCAUGCUAGGGUUAGACUUUUGGAAGUAUUUCUUUUCCUACCCAGACAGGCUCAGCUAUAAAAAAGUUCCCUGUGAGAUCUUCAAAACUCAGACUUUUCCCUACUGUUGUAGUGUAGACCAUCCAGUUCAGGGUCCGUGUUGAAUUAUAUAUGGAGUCAAGCCACCUUGGCUGGAACCCUGGCUGCACCAUUUCCUGUGUAACCAAGCAAGCGCCUCAUCCUUAUCUGCAAAAUGCCUGACAUACUUUCAUUCAUUCCUUCAGUAAACAAGUUUUCAUUGAGUGCCAUUAGGCUCUGGGAGCUGGAUGUUUAGUGGUGCACAAAAGAUGUGGUUCUAGCAGCCUCCUGGCUGGGUCGUGUUAGAUACGAAUCCUUUUUUAAAACCUGUUAUUUAUUUAAAAGCAUGACGAGAAGAGACAGAUACCUUCCAGGUGCUGGUUGUCUCCAGGUGCCUACAAAAGCUGGGGAUGGGCCCUUAGCUGGGUGCUUGGGCCACCUGCUGCUGCCUCCCAGGGGCAUUAGCAGAAGCUGGACCAAAAGCAGAGGUAGGGGCCAGCAUUGCAACACAGCAGGUUAAUCUGCUACCUGUGACACAUCCCAUUCUCAGCAUGCCAGUUCAAGUCCUGGCUGCUAUACUUCCAGUCCAACUCCCUGCUGAUGGUCUGGGAAAGCAGCAAAAAAUGUCCCCAAGGACUUGGGCCCCCGCCACCUGUGUUGGAGACCCAGAUGGAGUUCCAGGCUCCUGGCUUUGGCCUGCUCUACCCCGGCUAUUGUGGCCUUUUGGGGAAUGAAACAGUAGACAGAAGAUCAGGCUCUUUGUCACUACUUUUAAAAUAAAUUAAAAUCUUAAAAAAAAAAAAAAA